AAUACGCGCGCGGGUAAAGCGCGCAUAACGUUACUGCGCCCCGAACUAGAUCAGCGCGAGGAAAAAACUGUGUCUGCGCACUGACGAAGAGAGAAGAAAAAACACAGAGACCUCCAAAACCCGUGGCAAAUCACGUAUUUGGUCAUUUCGUGGACCCAACGGAUGCUGCUGGACAGUGGAAACCCGAGUUAACCUCCCGACUUUCUCCUUCAAGGAGCCUACUUCUUUGGGAUGGGCUAUUUUCAUAACGUCAUUUCAUUCCUCCCUCUUUUUCAUUUUCUCUUUCUUUGAUGCUUUCCCCCACCAUUUCCUAAAUGGAACAGAUUGCACAACCCCUGCAAAGUUUGAUUUCAGACUUGUACACAGUUCGCGUGGUUUCUAUUCCUAGGCGCCCCUUGAUUUUUGGACGGCAGACACAUUAAGGGACUUGAAGUGGAAAUCUGAAGUGGCGGCGGUGGAAGUGUAAAUCAUGACGAGGCUUACCAUGAUUAACUGAAAAAUGAUCCUCUAGCUGGUCGGUGUUUUGCCACUUUUCGAGUCACGCGCUCCCUUUUGAACAUGAUGUAUUCUCCUCUCUGUCUAACUCAGGAUGAAUUUCAUCCAUUCAUUGAGGCACUGCUGCCACAUGUGCGUGCCUUCGCCUACACCUGGUUCAACCUGCAAGCCCGCAAGCGCAAAUAUUUCAAAAAGCAUGAAAAGCGAAUGACCAAGGAUGAGGAGCGUGCUGUAAAAGACGAACUCCUAGGCGAGAAGCCUGAAGUCAAACAGAAGUGGGCGUCACGCCUCCUUGCCAAGCUCCGCAAAGACAUCCGGCCAGAGUGUCGGGAGGACUUUGUGCUGUCCAUCACGGGGAAAAAGCAGCCGUGUUGUGUACUCUCAAACCCAGAUCAGAAGGGGAAGAUGAGGCGCAUAGAUUGUCUAAGGCAGGCGGAUAAAGUCUGGCGUCUGGACCUGGUGAUGGUGAUUCUGUUCAAGGGCAUCCCGCUGGAGAGCACAGAUGGGGAGCGUCUGGCCAAAGGUGGCCAUUGUUCCAAUCCUAUCCUAUGUGUUCAGCCCCAUCACAUCAGCGUGUCCGUUAAAGAGCUGGACCUCUACCUCGCCUACUUCGUGCAGGAGAGAGAGGCUGAACAGAGCAGCAGUCCUCGCACAGGCAUUGGUUCAGAUCAGGAGGACAGUCGAGCAGCCACCAUGGAUGCUCCAGAGUUUCAAGAGAGCUUUGUAACUUCGGGGGUCUUCAGUGUAACAGAACUGGUGCAAGUAUCAAGAACACCAGUGGUGACGGGCACAGGGCCAAACUUCUCUCUCGGAGAGCUGCAGGGGCAUCUUUCUUAUGAUUUGAACCCUUCAGGUGUAGGAAUGAGAAGAACCCUACCAAGCACCUCCUCUAGUGGAAGUAAGAGACAUAAGUCAGGAUCCAUGGAGGAGGAUAUAGACACCAGCCCAGGGGGCGAGUACUACACCUCUCCCAAUUCGCCCGCCAGCAGUUCACGCAACUGGCAGGAGGACAUGGAAGGAGGAAUUUCCCCUACAGUUAAGAAGACAGAGAUGGAUAGUCCGUCUCCUCAGGAGAGCUCACCACGCCUCGGCUUCACACAGCACCACAGACCUGUCAUUGCCGUGCACAGCGGUAUCUCUCGGAAUCAACACCCCUCCACAUCUCUGCACUUCCCCGGCGGCCCCAUCCUCCCCCAGACUGCCUCCACCUACUUCCCGCACACGGCCAUCCGGUAUCCCCCGCACCUCAGCUCUCAAGAUCCGCUCAAGGACCUGGUUUCUCUGGCCUGUGACCCAUCCAAUCAACAGCCCAGCCCGCUGAAUGGCAGUGGUCAGGUGAAGGUAUCCAGUCACUACAUCACCUCUCAGAUGCUGGCCCCCCCGCUUCCCCCUGGCCUACCCCGACUGACGCUGCCCCUUGAGUCCAAAUCCAGCACCACCUCUGCAGACGCAGCCACCAGUUCACCCACCUCCCCCACAUACUCUGCUCCCGGGACACCACCUGCCAACCGCUCCUUCUUAGGAAUUGGCUCUCGAGACCCUGGCAGUCUUUAUCAGGCACAGUCCUGGUAUCUGGGGAACUAAAAACAAACACACAGACAAACCCGAGGAGGCACGGACAUGGAUCUGAGAUUCAAAACUUGUUUGUGGAAUUUACAAGAAAAGAAAUUGUGAACGAGAUGCAAGAGGGAAAUCAGAUAUAAAUGCAGUAUUUGUAUAUAUACACACACAUAUAUCUAUACACAAUAUUUGUGUAUAGAUAUAUGUGCACACAUAUUUAUAUAUGCAUAACAACAUAUAAGAUCCAAUACACUUUUUUGAAAAGACAAUGGAAACAGAGAAGAGUGUGAGAGAGAAAGGCCAUAGAUGGAAUGGAAGAAAAGCAGAGAAACGAGGCGAGAUUAAACAAGGAUGGGGCAGCUGGAGGGGGCAGCCUGAACAAUGGCGUAAAUUCACGGACAUAUAGAAGGGCCCAUCCUGAUUCCCUGUCUCCUGGAAUGCCUCUCUUCAAUCCCCUCCUUCUGCUACAGGUGCUGCUUCUUCCUAUAUGCAAACAAGUAUCCUUUAUUUUCUUAAUGAACAGGGAAGAGAAACCCAGAGGAAGGGGUUUUCCGCUAGAAAAUUUUGCCACAGGUUUGGAGGUGAGCACGGUCUGUUUUUAUUUUCUUUUUUAAGUGCGCAGAAGUGCGGGGCAACGAGAAGUGGAAAAGGAAACAAAAAGGUUUCGAUGCUUCCGUUCACAUUUUGGCAAGGAAAGCAAAAAGGCUACUUUUCAUCCAAUUUUAUUGACAAUCAUGUAUCUGCGUCCUUGGUUUUGUUCGGAGUGUGAUAUUUUCUAAAUCGCAUUGUCCACCGUUUAUAACGGAGUCCGCUUUUUGGUGGAAGCCUGUCAUGUUUUUGUACAUCGGAGGAUGAUUAGUGGUACCUCUGUGACAUUAUACGUCACAGUCCGAGAGUAGACACACAUACACACACACACACACACACACACUUGCGUACAAACACACCUAUAUAAAUGCUUCAGAGCAAUGGCAUGUACUGUUAAAGGCUACACUAGGUGUGUGUGUGAGCUGUAAUACAGCCUUCAAAAGAUGAACCAGGGAAUACCGGGGUGAAUUAGCACCUUCUUCACUUCGCAAUAUGAAAGCCUCGUAUUUCCUGUACUCUGCUGUGGGAAAAGUGUGUGUUUGUGUUUGUGCAUGAGCAAAAUUCAGACACAUUGGUAGUCCCGUAUUCAUCUCUGUGACUUCACAGAAUAGGGUUUUUGAUUCAUGUAGAUAAGUGGAUGUUUUUCCACAUAGUGACAAAGGGAGUUGAACUAUAGUUCUGUCACUACUAAGACAGUAUUGGUGUAGAGGAUAGAUUUUUUUUUUUUCUCCAUGUGUAACUUGUUUAAAUGCAUUGGAAAUUACAGGCAUUGCACUACUUUGAAUUUUUCAUUUUUCCUCUUUUGCAAAUUUCUAUUUGGCCUAAUUAAAUGGAAUGCUACAAGUCAAAGAUAUUUUUUUUUUUUUGUCAUGUUCUGUUCACAGGGUAGAUGAGGGAUAAUUUCCUAGUAGCUAAUUAGCUGAUCAGAACAAUCCAACAUUUUUAUGUAAAGUCAUUUACACAGACCUUGUAAAUGUCUCCAUGUUUAUGUGAUUAUUUUUUUAUGAUUCCCACAGUUUGGGAGCUAUAUACAUGCAGUGUAAAUUAAGAAAUAACUAAACAAAAACAGGCUAUCCUUUGUCCCAUGUUUCUAUCCCAGGAAAUUGACUGUUUUUAUUUUUAAGCAAAUUAUGCACGUUAAUCCGUAGGAAUGUCAAUAAUUUGGAUGUUUGAUGCACACCAGUGAGACUAAGGUACAAUGCACUACAAUGACUGUAAAAAUUCAAGCCAGUGUGUGGCUGUGCUGCCCAGUUCAUUGGGAGGUGGCGCUGAGUCUCCAAUGGCUGAAUGGUGACUGGUUGCCUCAGAAAUGGGUUUUGCUGCAAUCCGAGAUGUGUUGAUUUGUACUAACAAAAUAACAUCAGGGCUUACUCUGCAACGCUAUCAAACUCAAAUCACUUGAAAAGUGCCUAAAACAUUGCCAGAUUUUCAUUUGAAUUCUUAUUUUAUGAAAAAAUUUUGUGAUUUUUUUAAGACUUGGAAAUUUCCUUCAUCUACUGCAGGUUGUUGUAGACGUAGAUGGAUUGUUUUUAAGCCCAGCGAAAUAUUUGAACAGCCUAGCAAGCCCCCAAGCCCUGAUCAGCUACACUCAGCAUGGGCUUACACUGAGGCAACACAGAUGGCUACAGAAAUGAAAUGCACACCCUUUCCCCCUUGUAAUCUGCCAGAACAUAACAAAAUCAGCACAUAUCAGAGCUUCAGCAGGUACCCCUCAAUACAUACACUGAGAAGGAAUAAUAUCCACACACUCUGGUUGCUUUAGCUACCCUAUUAUAUGGCUUUGCAUAACAAUUUGGUUGAGUUUGACUAUAGUGAGCCCCACAAUACAUACAACAUGACUUGUUUUAAUGGUGCUGAUAUGAAAAUUAUAAUGAAAAUUAUCUCUAUAUAUGAAUUAUAUAUAACUGCAUGGUGCUUUCUAAAAAAGAAAUCUACCACCGUAUCGCUAACAUGGGCGCAUGGCAGAUAAUCUUAUUAUUAAUUCUGAAGCUAAAUGCUCUCAACCUCUUCUUACGACCCUUCUCGAGCAAAGAGCCAAUGACACAGAUGGAUCUUACCUUUGUACCACAUUGGUUUUGAAUUUUAUCCAACAAUCCCUCUUCUAUUUUGCACGAUAUUUUAUGAAACAUAUUAUGUGCCUUGCCUUUAGUUAAGAACAAUAAUACAUAAUUUUAAAGUUAACCAUUUUGUCUUUUUUGAUGUAACCAGUUUCACAAAUGAAAAAAAAAUGCUGCAUGUUCGAAAUCUGUCAUAAUCAGAUUAAGACUAACAAUUUACCUACAAGAUUAUUUUACCUUCUUCCUCAUUUUAAAGCACCGUAGAUACAUUUUCAUGGUUUGAAAUCCUCCCUGCAUUUAAAAAAAAAAUUUACCAUUUGAUUUUACUCAAUUAAUUUGUGUAAUAAGAAAGUAACAAAAUCUAUGAAAAAUGCUGUACCAGGUCUCUCCAUAUCAGCUUUUAGCUGAUGUUUUGAUUCCCUGUUAAUUUUUAGGCUUUAUAAUGAUUGCUAUCUUAGAAUGUAUGUUAUCUUGUGUUUCAAUGUCACAACAGAGUAUAGAAAUGGAGUGGCCAGAUUAUAGUGAUAUCUUGUAGAUACCAGGGCAAUAGUAAUAGGGCACAAUUUGGCAACUAUCCCAAAUAAUGUUGAGACAGCCAUAUGCUUUCUUGAGGAACAAAUUAAGAUGAUGAUUACUCAAAAUAACCACUUCAGAAAAAAAUCAAUUUUUCUGUUCGUUUCAAUCACAUUUGGCAUUUUAUUACAUCUCAAGUAUUCUAUAAACAAACAAAUCUCUAUUAUGAUUGAAUGAGUCUAUUUGAUUCCAAUUUGAACAAGUUUAUAACAAAUAUAUUUGUUCCACUUUUAAAAAAUAAUAUGUUUAAUAGGGGCCUAAAGGCCCUGCAACAGGGGCUUUUUACCCCAAAUGCUGUCCUUUCAUUCAUUGGACAGUUAUUGAAAAAUGAUUGAUUUAAUGACUUUAAACAAAACUGAAAAUGAUAAAUAGGUAUUUUGACUCAAAAGAAAUGUGUUAAUUUCAGGGAUUUUCAUUAGCUACAUAAAUUUGCAACAUUUUAAAACAUUAUACAAAAUUAGAUCAAAUUGCAAAGAUCUCAUGGAUCAGGAAAAUGUUUCACUGUAUUGUGACAAAGAGGUAUUUAGAAAAGUGCUGUGGUAGUUUUUGUUGCUAUUUAGUUUUUUGGGAGAAAAUCAAUUCAAUGGAGCCUUUUACCCAGUGGAGCCUUUAGCCCUGUUGUACCCUACAACCCAAAAAUCUAAGUUCUGUCAAAAUGAUCUCAACCUCAAGUCAUAUUAUAACCAAAUUAAUUUCUAUCUUUCUUUGGUGAAACACAAAAGGAAAUAUUUUAAAGAAUGUCAUGUUUCCUGAUUUUCAUAAAAUGACAGUUCGCUUUCUCACUUUAAAGCUUAAAAAGCACCCACAAGUUUAAUAAUAAUAGUCCAUUAAACAUGUGCAUAUAUAUUCCAAGUCUUCUGAAGGUAUACAAUAGGUUUUGGUGAGAAACCAAGCGAAAUGACAUGACGGUGAGUAAAUGAUGACAGAUUUUUCAUUUUUGGAUAAACUAUCCCUUUAAAACAUAAGUGAGUUUGGUCUACAAUGUUAAAUUGUGAGGUUUCCAUUAACUGGCUGCAAUAGAAUGUGUAAUAAUGUGUGACAGAUUAUUUCUUUGAUUAGUGAUUAAGUUGUUUUGACUAACCAAGUCCCUUGUAUAUGUCCUUUCAUUAAUUGUAGACUGCAAUCAUAUAUAGUUUAGGUUAAAUGAAUUUGUCCUAUUCAGUGUAUAGACACAAGAAAAGCAAAAUAGCAUUUUACUGCUCACUUUGUGUCUUCUUAGAAAAUGAUUUAAUACACCAGAAUUAUUCUUCUUUUUUUUUCUUUAAUUAGAUGGUAGGAGAUAAUUUAUGAAACGUACUGUGUAGUGUCAGGGGAGGAUAAUGGUGAAGAGAAGAUAUUGUGUAUUUUUGGAGCUGGGUCAGGAAAGGCCACAUAGUAGUUUGUGAUGCAGUGUACAGUAUUGUUUCUGCAAUUGAUAUUCAAUGCUGGUAGUUCAUAUGAUUUGCUGGUAGCUAUUUAAAGUUUAAGUUGAAUGAGAAAGAACAAGAGUCUUUUUUACAUGAUGCCUAUUGUAAGCUUGUGGCGCAGAGGGUUCCUGAACCCACCUUUUGUCACCCUGGCUGAAUUGGAGUGCUAAAGCAGAUUGGCAUUCCAUUUUUCCCAAGACCCACACUUUUCCAGAAGUGCUAUCCUCAUUCAGCACGUGAUUUUCCUUGUGUUUAACAGGGCAGGCGAUGGUGCCAGGGGUCUGCCUUGGAGUUGAAGUUGAGGUUGAUUCCACAAUUAUUGGUAAUGAACAGUGUUUGAGGGCCCUAUUACCCCUGAUUCAUCCUCGGUGAUGACAAAAUGUCAUUGAUGAGUGCUGAUGAACAAUUUUGGAAUAAUUUCAGGCAAGUUUCUUUUUUGAAACCGAAAUGGCGAACUCCUUUCAUUUAAAUGUACACUCACAUUUUCCUCAUUCAAAAAGUUUACCCCUAAAUAAAUAUUUUAACUGUAGUAAUUGUAGAAGUAAUUGUGUAGUAAUUGUAAAAGUAAUUCUGCUUUUGAAAAAUAUGUUAAAAACUUCCAUGCAAUGAAGGCUUCAGUCAUAUCAGCAGCAUAAUUAAAGCUUUCAUUUUACAUGGAGCUGAUUUUGAGAUCAUAUGACAGAUGAAUACUAGCCUACUCAUUUUAUCUCAGUAACCCCCUAAUCACCAGACUAUUUCAUUCACCGAAUAAAAUAAUAAUAGCUGACUGUGAAAAUGCAUUUAUACAAUGGCAUCAGCAACUGAAAUCCUUAGCUUUUGCUGAUGCUGCAUCCACAUCGCUACUUGUCAUUAUAAGUUCAAAACGACGUAAACAAAACAUGAAAAUAUAAAUGCUUCCCAAACUGAAGGUCUCAGGGCUCUCCAGUCAGUGGAAGCAUCUCUCCUGUUCAGACUUGCACAGCCCACCGCCUGUCCUGUGAAGAUUUGCACUGCUCCAUUUUCAUCUUUCUAAAGCUGUCAACCCUCUGGCCAGGGUGAGAUUGUGGGAUCAGUAGAACCGGGGUCUGAUCAUGGUUUCGCCAGCACAGUGGCUCUGUAGAGAGCUCUGUGAGCAUGCUGUCUUCUUCUUUGUUUGCUUUCAGUGUUAAAUAAAAUUGGCUACACAAGACUGACAGAUAGAAACACUUCACAAGAGUGGGUCGUUACCCAUAACGUGUGCUUUCUAAAGUGACCACAGAUGAUGAUUGAACUUGCUUUGACAUUGAUGAUGCAUUUGAGCUGAUGCAUGUAAAAAAGAAACGUAUCUAAUUGUUUUAUUUCGAAACCCUUAACUAAUAUUUUUUAUUGAGCAGAGUAUCAUGUUUAUGCCUGUUGUUGAAAUUUUGAACACAGAUAUUUUGUUUAUAAAUGCUUACCGUCUAUCCAGUAGAAUGAGGGGGGAAAGGCUAAAUGUACAUAAAAAGUUUUUUGUAUGAGAAAAUAUGUUUUUGUUUGUAUGUUUGAAUUUAGUAGUCAUAAGCUUGUGGCCAAGCCACAAAAAAUUGAAAGCUCCUUCUAAAGGAUCUGCUGUUGAAAGCAUAAUGUCAGCACCAUUACCACACACUUUUCACACAGUUAUCAGGUAUUACUUUGCUCAGAAAAUACAGACUCCAAUAAAUUCAGCAUCACUUGUCAUCAUUUUAAGCAGAGCCAACAGCUUUAUCGAGCUUUGAUACAUUUUAUGCAGAUUCCAUUGAUUCUUUUUUUUUUUUUUGGUAAUCUUUACGAUUUUCUUUUAAGUUCUGCACUUAUUUUGUUUUUCUCUUUGGCAUGCAAGCAUUAUAACCUUCAAACACACUUUUUUCUGUACUUCUGCUUGGAAGAUUGCACUAGAUAAUCUGGUAUUGAAACUUUGUCUAAUAAUACUUCUUUUUUUAAGAUUUGCUUCUCUGAGGAUAUUUCUCAGCCUUGAUCUAUCAUGAUGCUGAUAGACUAAUGAUUAGAAUGCAAGAAAGAGAGAGAGAGAGAUCACAGCUGCUUGAAUGACAACCUUUUAUUUGCCUUUGUGUCAUUUAUAUGAUAAAUUAAUUUAUAUGAUAGAUUUACCCUUCUAAGACACUGAAAUCAUGCCAAAUCCCUGCUGACAAUUGUUUCUUGCCUGUCCAUGCUGGUUAUCAGCUGGUCCAAUUUCGUCAUCGGCUGAUCGACCUGCCUCCAUUUAUAGUAUGGAUGACCAGCUGACUGCGUAUUUGUUGCUGGUCCAAGAUGGUCCUAAUUUAUUUUUUUAGUCUCUUGAGGUUAAAAUCUCUUUUCCGAGAGAGUCCUGGUCUGCCAUCUUGGACCAGCUACCACAUUUCAAACCAUAACUUCCAGCGCAAUUUGAAAGCUUGGCGGUCAGUCAGAUUGUAUUAUUGAGGUUAAGGUAUGCACAGCCAGUUUAUUAAACCACUGUUGGACAAUCAGUGGCAUGACUGACUUACCUCAUUUGAGCAAGAUUUAUGCAGCAGUGUGUAUGAACGAACCUCACUCUUCUGAGUGCCUUCCUGGAUUCAUACUAGAGCUGAAUGUUGAGUUCAAAAUACAGUGCUUUGGUUGACCCAGUCACCUGCUGCAGAUGUGAGGUAGUAGACAGAUUGUGGGUUUACACAAUAUGUGACUUUUUGUGGUGUGAUAUACCACUGUUUUUGUAAGCUACUCAUACCUUUAUUUAGCAGAAUUUGUGGAAUGCACUUCUUGCAUCACUGAAAAGAUUGAUAAAUUCCAAGGUCCAGAGACUUUAAUUAGUUUAUGACACAUAUAAUUCCACUGAAUAGAAUGUUCAAAGGCAUAAAAUGCUUAUUUUCAUAGUUUGGUUUUCCUACUUUCCAUUAACCCACUGACAAAAAUAGGAUGUGAAGGAAUUAGACUUGCUUGAGUGUUUCACUGUACCAUUUUCUUUUCUUGUUAGUGUCAUUUAGACCGUGCAAUAUCAUGAACUUUGCACAUGCGAGGUAGAUAAAAAUGUAAACUUGUGCCCAAGUCUUUGCUUCUUCUCUUCUCAGUAAGGGCUGGACAACCUCUUCAGGGCUGAAGCACUAUAAUGCAGUUUCUGCAUAUUCCUUCCUUCCUUCCAUUUUCAUUGUUGUGACAUCAAUUGAUACAUGACAUGCUUGAUAUCAGAAGAAGCUGGAGAGUUUAAAAUGGAUUGCUCUGUUGGGUCAUGUGCAGUUAUGUCAGUCUAAACUGGUUUGAAACCCUGGAGAACAGCUAAAAAAUGAGACAAUAAGAGUAAUUUUUAAAUAAUCUGAAAUUAUGGAACAUCAGCUAUGCAUCUUAACCUAGCUUUAUUGAAAUAUUUAUGCAGAAAGUUUUCUGAAACUUUGAAAUUGACUUUAUGCAAAGCAGAGCUAAUAUUAAGGACCCUUUUAAUGUGUCCGAGGCUAAGCUUAACCUACCAUUAUAGCAAUCAAAAAUGUGGAAAAAAAAGAUUAGGCUAGGUUAGACUAUAGCUCAUUUAAAAAGAACAAUUUGGCAGCCCAUACUUGCUGUGUUUUGGCCAUUGUCUGGUUUGAGCUUGUCUUUGCAAGGUUGUAUUUUAGCUACUGAAAGUUGGCAUGUGACUUUACGGCUGUCAUAAGAGAGGGUUUCACAGAUCUAUUUGUGUAUAUGUGAGGUCAUUGGUUAUACCGACAUUAACCCAUGCUUACAUGAAGUAUGUAAUUCAAACUGCUCAAACAUUGCUGAUAAUUGAGCUGUAGGGGUGAUCAAUGUUUUUGAUCCAAACUUUAAUUACAUUUCAUUAUAGAUUGUAGGGUGACACACUGUGUAUAUUGGCAACAGUGCUAUAGCAGAUUAAUAUAAAAAAUAUUAAAUAUGCUAAAAACAUACUUACAUUUUUUUUUAUUUCUAAUGAUUUUAGGCACCCUUAUUCGCUCUUAACAAUCCCAAUACUUUGGUAUAUUAAAUAAAUCCCAAAAUGGAUAAAAACACUUAAUUUUACUGCUUUGGUUUCUGUUCUUCUGUUAGUUGUAUCACUGAUAUCAUCUCUGCAGUGUUGGCCUGGAUUGGAUACAGUUUGUGUUUAUCAAAUACUUGUUAUAGGAGUCCGAUUUGCCAAAGCAUAAAACAACUUCUUAGUGCUGCAACAUAUUCACAAUGACAAAAGUUUGGGAAUAUUACAGUUUGACUGUAAUGGCUUUAUAAGUCUGGCCCUAUGGGUAAAAAUAUGACUUUUAAAAGGGGUUGAACAAUACCUGCUAUUAGUUGUCUCUAUUCAAAUGGGAGAAAAGACCAUUCCUGGGCUUUGUAGUUAUGCAAUAUUCUGAUAAGUGUAUCAUGAAUUAAUUGCCAAAAACACCCUGACACACCGCCUACUCCAAUAGCCCAAUUUCACAAAUUUUUAUACCCCUGUAAUGCAUCUAAUGUAUGCUUCAAAUUCAUAGUGUCCUCUUACCAUUAGAACAAUUAGUUUGUUUCACUUGUUUUGUUUGUAAAUUUAAUUAAGAUGUAGUUUCUAUUCAUUUUUCUAUUGUUGUUUGUAUUGAAAGCAUGCUGUUUUCUGUGUUUGGAGGCUGACUUUAAGGUGAAAGAACGAAGGUUGAAAUAUUUUUCAGAGAGCAUUCUAAUGCAGUGUUAAAUUUCAAGGUUUUUGUUGUUUUUUUCCUUCCUCUUUUUAAUCACAUUAUUCUUUACAAAUAUUACCAUAGUAGUUACUCAUUAAGCGCUUGCUUGCUGCACAGAUAAACACAUUUCACACCACGAUGGGGCAUGUGGCCAUUUAGUUCAGACACACUCUAUAGAAUAAAUCCCACAACUGGCACGAUAACAUGCAUCCAUGUUCUUUUGGAAAGCAUCAGAUUUUUGUUUCUUGUCUGUGUUCCUCUAGAACCUCGCUAAACGUCAGCAAAAGUCGGUAUUGUCAGUUUAGAAACAGACGAGAAAAGACUUUCUGUUUUUAUCAUGCACAACAAACUAAAUUUGCCAUGUGUUUUUGAACUGGUGUGAGUGGUAAAUGACAGCUUUAACAAUAUUUCAUUAUAACAUUGUAUUCAGCCUUCGCUGUUCGCAAAAAAAAAAAAAAAAAAAAAAGCUAAUGAAUACAAUACUGGAAGUGAGUAUGUUUCCCUAUGCAAAAAAAGUAAAUACAAUUAAAAUGAAAUAAAAAAAAUAAACAAAGCUAUGCUACAACUCAGAAA